UCCGUCGUAAUAGCUGAGUAGAGUUAAAAAAGUUAGAUGUAGUUUAGUCUAGACUCUAUAAUAAUAAACACUGGCUAUGGUUGAUCUAGAUCUAAUCUAGACUAUUUAUUUUAGACUAGAGUCGCUAGAUCUAGAUUAUUAUAGAUCGGUUCCAUCACUGAUGAAUUCAAAACGUAUUCCUCUGUGACAAAUCAAGAAAAAAAAACAUGUGGCUAAAACUGUGUUUGCUCCUCUUGUACAUUUUCCUGCUGUUUAUUAUAUCCCGGAUGCUUGAUGCUAUUUAUUGGUGUGAAAUUGGCUAUGGGGCCAGCUUCUCCAGACAGCUUCUUGACCCUAUGGUGCUUUCUGUAUCCAAGCUGAAAGCCUUGCUUGAACAGAGAGGAGUCAGUUAUGAAGGUGUCAUAGAAAAGUCAGAACUUGGAAGACUGGUUGAUAGUACAGGAGAGGUUACAGCAGAAGAAGCUGAAAUAGCCUUGGAAGAAAAUGAUCAGUCAGCUGAUACAAACUUCACGUCUGGAGCACAUUUCAUAGAGCAAGUAGAGGACGCUAAAGACAGUGUAUGGUUAGUACAAAUACUGUCCUAUAGUGGCCAUCAGCGAAUUCUCAGCUAUGAUAGGUGGAAAGCCAUUCGAGGGAAAGUAUCUAGAUUUGGUGUUCGGACAGGAAUAUUAGAUUGUUCUCUUGAUUACAAAUAUUGUUACAGUAAAGGCUGGAAAUCACCAUUUUUAUUGCUUGCUUUGCCAAGUCAGUUUGAAAAGAAAGCCAAUGUCGCAAUGUACAAUUACUCCGGAUCGGUCAAGGAAACAGCAGUGCUGCAUUGGGUUCAUGAAAAAUUGAAUGAAAAAGUCUCACAAAUAGAAAAUCCACUUGAAUACCAUCAGGAGUGGAAAUCCUUCUCUAAAAAUCAGAUCGAAUCCGAAAUUCGGGCAGUUUUGUUUACUAAGCACCAAAAUAUACCAAUGUUCUUUUCUGCACUUAGUGUUAAAUUUCCAGGACGUGUGAAAUUUGGAGUUGUCUUUAUGGAUUCCUCCAACAAAAUUCUACAAUGGAAGGAUGUUUUGAGUGAGGAUCAUAUUCUGACCUUUCCAGCAUAUAAAAUUUAUUCUCAAGAAAAUGUUUAUGUUUAUGGCAACCAGCCCAAUGAACGUUAUUCAUUUGAAAGUAUGGAAAUAGUUUUAAAAUUCCUUUACCCUUGUCUAAAUGACAUUUUCAUUUUGAGUUUUUGUAUGGCUAACAUCAUGUCAUGGUUUGAACUGUUUAUCAGCAAUUGUGGUGCUUUCAAAAGAGUUCGCAAACUUUUAUGGUGCAUGGUGAAAUAUAAUAUCAUUGUUAUAAUGUUAUGGUUACCAAUAAUUGGAAUAUUCCAGAUGCCAUUUUUAGACAGGAUGCCACAGUUAGCUCUGAAAGUAUUUAGAAUUUUCUGCAUGUCUUGGAUGGGGACAAUUUUAAGAAGUGACUAUAUUUUCCUAGUGAAUAAUCCUAUUUACAUCUACUCAUUUUUCCUCAUCUAUUCUGUUAUUAUUACACUUGUAUGUAAGAAAUACAGGAGGGAAGAGCAGGAAGAAGAUUGGUUUAAUUUUGCACAAAUGAGAACUUUGACUUAUCUCAGGCCCAACGAUUUCUUCGAACCCAUGAGGAUAGGUGGCUCAGAUUUUCUGGGAGGUCUUGAAAUAUUUGGCUCUCAACUUUCACAGCCAUCUCUAUGGUUACAACCAUCAGUGUCACCGGAGUACAUCAAAUAUCUUCCCACCUGGCCCUUUUCUCCAAAACCCAUCUCAGAACAGUUGCAAGAGAACAUUGGCAAAAUAGAACAAGCAAUGAAUGAAAUAACACUUUCAUCAUCAUCCAUGGACUUUGCUGCUUGCUCUACAAUAUCAGCACAUAGCAGUACUGUAAGCUUACACUGUCAGUGUCAAAAAAAUAAACAUUCUUCCAGGAAAAAUUCUUCGUUUCUAUGUGAUAAUGGACAUCAGCCUGAGAAUCUGUGCAUGAAAGGACUUCAAACUGUAAAUAGCCCUAACAGCUCAGAAUCUUAUUCUUCUCUACAAAGCAUCCCCAUCCCUCAAACAGAUCAAAGACCUGAAGAACAAUCUAAAGUUUUUGUAGCCUGCUCCUGCGCUGUUACAUCUUUAGCUGAAUCCCUCUCAUUGCCCAGUCCGUCCCAUUGUUUGGAUAACAAAACUACAGACUCUGCAGUAUUGGCAUUGAACCAUUGGAGCCAAACAUCUGAAGCUAACGUCUCAACUUCAUCCCCCUGUAACAGUGGAUUUCCUGCAGGCUACCUGGAAACGUACCAGUGUGUCAUUUGCUUGGAUGAUUUUGCACCUCAAAUUAGCCUUUGUGGUCUGCCGUGUGGACAUGUCUUCCAUGAAACUUGCAUUAUCAGAUGGUUAAACAGAGACAAGCAUUUUUGUCCAAUGUGCCGUUGGCCUUCAUAUAAAGUUGCACAAAACACAGCUCAAAAUCAAUCUUGACUCUUUGUGCUGUAAGGACCAUAAUUAAUCAUAGUUAAUUAAAAGAAAAACUAACACCUUCCCCCACCCACCUUUAGCUACUCAAAUUAUAGAAAAUAGUUGUGUUGUUUUUUUUUCUUAAUUUGUAUCUUUUGUGAGUAUCUUAGCAAUAAAAGACAUUUUAAAAAAUUGUGACUUCAAUGAAUGUUUUAAGUAAGGACACCAAAAUUAAAGUUUUUAUUUUAAAACUGUAAAGUGUUAGUGGAAAAUGAAGUGAUGAGCAUAAUUUAAAAUGUUGCCAAUAUAUACAUUGAUCCCUAAUUAAAGCACUAGCCAUUAAGACAAAAAAUUGGAGUUUUAAGUCUUAGUGGAUAACAGAGUUGAUUUUUUUUUUUACUAAGUAUUUCAUAGCAUUUCUGAAAGAUGCCUUGCCUUCAUGGGUACGUGACAUCUGUUGAGUAAAGUAGAUUGGUUUGGACAUGAAACAUUAACCAUUUUAUAAAUUUAUAACUAUAUAGACAGUAUAGUCUCAAAUGGAACAUUAAAUUUAAGAGGCAUUCACAAUGUUAGGUUGUCUUUUCUCAACUAUUUCCAAGCAAUUUUUUGAACUGGGGAGACUCAAGUAGUAUUAAAGUAGUAUCCUUCCAGGAUUAAAGUUUUGAAUUGUAUUCUAGACCAUACAACACUGCUCUACCACCAUAACCUUUAUUCUAGAUAAGUUACCCCUGCUAAACAAUGAGCUUCUAGUCAAUCAAUAGUUUAAAAGGGGAAAUGAUCUGCUUACAGAGCAAUGGCUCUUAUUUAUAAUUAUAUAAUUAUGAAAAUCGAGGUUGAUAAAAUUUUUGUAACAAUCUUCGUGGCUGUAGAUUGAAAGCUCGAAUUUGGUAUGUUGUGAACAGUAAAACUGUAUUUCCAUUAUUGUGAUAAAUGAAGCAAUAUUUUGGUGUCCUAAGUAAGCUUGUUAAAUUAUCUUUUUUUUUAAAUGCCAAACAUUAGUAGGUUGCUUUAAGAAAUAAAGAAUUUGUAUCUUAAGCAGUUUCUACUUGCAUCUUAAAUUAUAAGAUAUAGACGUUACUUCAAAAAAGAAGAUGAUUACGUCCUACAGUUAAAUUUAGGCCCAUUUAUUUGCAUGUAUUGUUAUUUUAAAUCAGUAUUUUAAUUAUAUUCCUUCUUAAGUUUUUUUUCUUUCUGGGAUUUGUCUUGUAUUAAUGCUUUAAGAGAUUUGGUUUGUUUAAUUUAUUUUAUUUAGAAAUAUUUGUGUGUUUUUUAUUAACGUUUUCAGAUUUAAAAGUUUUCAUCUAACUUACUAUUAAUGUAAAAUACAAGAUUGUUUAUCCUAACUAAUUUCGUAUUUUAUUUUAAAGUUAAAAAUUUAUUUAAAAUAAAAAAAUAUUUUUUUUUUUUAUAAUAAAAAGCAGUUAGAAAAAUAUAUAUAAAUAAAUAUUAAUGUAAUUUUAUAUAAACAUUACUAAUAUUUUCAGUUUUGUUACAUUAUGAACAUAGAACUAAUAUUGCUAUACAAAUACUAGAAACAUAAUGUUUCUUUAUUCAUAGAACAUAAGUAGACUGAACGCAAAUCUAUAAAAAUUUUAUCUAAAUAUUUAUUUCUAAUGUUUAAAAGAAAAACAUCAAUUUAAAAUAUUUCUUGUUAAACAUUUGUGUUUAAAACUACAUUGUAUAUUGAUCUAUUAUCUUAAAAAUUAUAGACGUUACUUCUUAACACAAGAUAAUUUAAAGAAGAACAGACUAAAAAAUGUUACUUCUCAAGUAAAUUGUACAAGUUUUAGCAACCUACAGCAGGAGUAGAAUACACAUUUCUACUGAAAACUUUGUUGCUGUUCAAAAUUGUUUUUGUACAUUUUUUUUAUAGACAUUUUAUUAAAAUCUGUGCCUUUUUACACCAACAUUUUUUUGGCAUUAGUUUUUAAUUGCAUUCAAGCCAUUUGUGUAUACAUACAUUUUCAGUUGGUUUAGAUUACUUAAAUAUUUUAAUCAAAUUCUGAGACUACAAACAUUUACUUUAACAAUUCGUAUUUUAAACUAAAUCUGAUUCCAUCAAUAGAAAAUAUGAAGUAGGAAUUACAAUUUUUAAAAAUUUUUUUUAAAUCAGCUUAUUAUAUAGGAUGAUUUAUGAUCUGAUUUUGUUUCAAAACCUGUGAUGUGAGAUCUUUUCUCUGUGUUCAAAAAUUUAAUAAGUAUAAUAAUUUUUUUCAGUUGUAAUAUUCAGUGAGAUUUGUGGGGUACCAGUUAAAAGUUCAUAUGUACAAACAUCCUCUAUCAGGAAGGUUAUGAAAUGGUCUGUACUAUUUCAAUAUUCUGUUUGCAGGAAUAUAAUUAAAGCUUUAAUUUGACAUAAAACAAAUAAAUAAAAAUUUACAUGUCUUCACAUAGAAAAUGUAAUCCAUAUUUUCAUAUGUAAUAUUAACUUUUAAAUGAAAAAUAUACUUUUCAGUUUAAUCUCUUCAGACAAUAAACUACCAAAGUUGAUCAUUUCAAAAAAAAAAAAAAAAAAAAAGGAAGAAAAGUAACUUUCUGUAGCUGCUCACUCCCUUUAAAAAAAAACAAAGCCACCCACAUUGGCUUGUUAGGCUAUAAUUAUCAUUUAUUUAUUUCAGAGACACAUUUGUAUGGUGAUUUAAUUAGAAAUAAAUCCAAACUAGUUUACAUUUUGAUAAGUUCGCCUAAAAGAAAUAUACUAUUCUUUCUUAACUUAUUUUCCAUCCAGAUACAGAAUCUAUCUUUUCAUAUAUAUGUUCGUUCAAAACAAAACAAUAUAUAGAUCUAUAUGUAUGCUAUUACUUAAAGAAAUACAAGAUCUAAAAAUAUGAACAUUUUGGACACAGUGAUUCUAAAAUUGGAAGAGAAAUUUAAAUAGGAGAUUUAUGAAAACAGAAUAGUAUCCCUUGAAUAAACUACUCAUUUUAUUAUCUAAAGAUUAGUGUAUGGAUACGUACAUACAUGUGUAUAUAUAUAUAUUUAUGUACAGUGUAUAUCAAAGAACCUUUAAAAGAACAAAAUAAUCAAGCAUCUGUAAUCAGUUCAAUCCAAGUCUAGUUUAGAGCUUUGAUAAUAAUCUCAUUGUAAUUAAAUAAUCUUUGUAACUUUGUUUAAGAUCCUCUCCCUUCCUCCAACCAUUCUUCCCUAAAUAUUGUUCCCUGGUCCAAAUUUAUACCAUUUCUUUAUGGACAAGAAUGUCAUAAUUUAAAAUGUAUGUCAUUUAAAAUAAAAUACUUGUCAAUGCUAUAUUCUGGGGAAAAAAAAGAAACUAUUAGAAACUUUCCACUAUGGAGAAAUUCUAUUUGGAACAUACUUUAUAUACUUACAUUUAUUUUACAUAAAGUUACUGGGAUCCAAAAAAUAGAUUAUUUAAAUUUUGAGUUUUGGGAACUCAUUUUGAAGGUCAAAAAAUAAAUAUCUAUAUUGUCAAAUUCAUUUUGUGCGGAAGUUGUUCUUAGACUUGAUCAUGAGAGGCCUCAUUAAGGAAUAAUUUGAACUGUAAAGUAACACUUCAUGGAGAAAAAAAAAACGGGCCUCAAUCUUAGUAGCUGUGUGAUGUAUCCCUUUAGAAAUUGUGUGAUCUUCCUCUUUCACACAUUAACAACACUGGCCUCAAUCUUAGUAACUGUCUGAUCUAUCCCUUCUUCUUUCACACAUUAACAACACAGGCCUCAAUCUUAGUAACUGUCUGAUCUAUCUCUUCCUCUUUCACACAUUAACAACACAGGACUCAAUCUUAGUAACUGUCUGAUCUAUCCCUUCUUCUUUCACACAUUAACAACACAGGCCUCAAUCUUAGUAACUGUCUGAUCUAUCUCUUCCUCUUUCACACAUUAACAACACAGGACUCAAUCUUAGUAACUGUCUGAUCUAUCCCUUCUUCUUUCACACAUUAACAACACAGGCCUCAAUCUUAGUAACUGUCUGAUCUAUCUCUUCCUCUUUCACACAUUAACAACACAGGACUCAAUCUUAGUAACUGUCUGAUCUAUCCCUUCUUCUUUCACACAUUAACAACACAGGCCUCAAUCUUAGUAACUGUGUGAUCUAUCCCUUCCUCUUUCACACACUAAUAAGACCUUGUUGAUGAGUGCGAUAUUUUAAAGAGAAGUUAUAUGCCAUGUAAUAAGUACAUUAAAAAAAAACUUUUUAGAAUGUACUUUCAUACUUAUCUUUGGGAUUUGUUUUUGUUGUUGUUUAAUUUUAUGUUAGCUGUUCUGUACAUUUGAAAGUCAAAUUGCACAUGAAAUCCAAAAUAAAAACAGUGACAUUUCUUAAUUUGAUUAAUUAUGAAAAUAAUAUGUUUCUUUCAUUUUAAAUUUUGCUUUCUUCUUUUUUUUUUUAAUUUGAUAUAGAGUUUGUACAUAUUUUAUAUUAAAAUAAACAUUUCUUUGUGAUUUAUUUUUGUGUUUGUAACCUAGGCUUACAAGAAGUUUCCCUUUGUCAUUAGAUAAAAAUAUAAUUAAAUACAUUUUUUUAAUAGACAUCCAUCACAGUUAAAAAACUGCUCUGUUUUUUGUUUGUUUUUGUUUUGGUAUUUAUUUUAUUUAUAUAUAACGCAAUCUAAAAGUUCUUGUCACAUCAAAUUUUAUAUACUCAAUGAUUUUUGUUUAUUACAUAUUACACUAGUAAAAAGUAGACCUGAGAAAUAGAAAAUCUUUAAAAAGAGGAAUUCAUUUAGGGGGGGGGGGGGGGUUCAUUAGCCCUACCCUAAAUAAUGUUUUUUUUUUAUAAUAAUGAUUUACUCAAUUGUCUUCUUUUGUUAUUUCUUUGCAACAGUUUCCUUUGAACUUGUGUUCUUUACUUGUGAAGUAUAGUUAGCAUGAUUUUUCAAUUUGCUGGGAAGAAAAUAAAUAUAUAAUAAUUCA